AGGAAGGGGUUGAAUCCCAUCGCAGCUAUAAUGUGUAAGACUAUUGCUUAUGUUCAUGCCUUUAAUUCACCUGUAGUACAUAGCAUUAGGCAUUUACUUUGCUUAUGCAACACUCGGGUUCUCAAUAGGAUGCAACUCUAUGGCCAACAUGGGAUACAGAAAUAGGGCUGAACUUAGGUGAUCCCCCAGUGGUGCAGUGGGUUAAACCUCUGAGCUGUUGAACUUGCUGACCAAAAGUUUGGUGGUUCGAAUCCAGGGAGUAUGGUGAGCUCCCUCUGUUAGCCCCAGCUUCUGCCAGCCUAGCAGUUCAAAAAUAUGCAACUGUGAGUAGAUCAAUAGGUACUGCUUCAGCAGUAAGGUAACAGUACUUCAUUCAGUCGUGCUGGCUACAUGACUUUGGAGGUGUCUAUGGACAACGCCAGCUCUUUGGCUUAUCAAUGGAGAUGAGCACCAACCCCCAGAGUCGAGCAUGACUUUACUUGAUGUCAGGGAAAAACUUUUACUUUUACCUGAGUCAGAGAUUUUGCUCCAUCGUAUGCCUACUGAAAUAAUAUUUCUUGGCAUAUAACAGGAUUGGAGACAGUUUUGUCUGCCAGAUGUUGGACUGCAGGUUCCAUCAGCUGUAACUAGCACUUCCAAUGAUGUGGGUUGCAGUCCAUUGGCAUCUAGAGGACCACACUGGUUCACUGGUGGCAUAGCAGAUUUGCUGAACUUGAUGACAAACUUGAUGCAGUUUGAAUCCGGGGAGCGGGGUGAGGUCCCACUGUUAGCCCCAGCUUCUGCCAACCUAGCAGUUUGAAAACAUGCAGAUGUGAGUAGAUCAAUAGGUACUGCUUCUGUGGGAAGGUAACCGUGCAAUAUGUAAUCAUGCUGACCACAUGACCUUGAAUGUCUACGGAUGAGGCUUAGAAAUGGAGAUGAGCACCACCUCCCAGGCUCAGACACAACUAGACUUAAUGUCAAGGAAAAACAUUUACCUUUAUCUAAUACUUUAAACAAAAAGUAAUGUCUAUAAUACAAUAAAAUCACUUUUUAUUAUACAGUAAAACUGCUACAUUAAGUUUAUCUGUAUUUGAUUUUAAUUACUGAAUUUCAAUAUCAAUUCACGGUAUAUUAUGAGUUAGAUCUAUUUUAAAUAGUAACUCUCAGGUUUACCACUUGCAAAAGAAUAAUUUUUAAAAACUUUGUUUACAUCCCACCACACUAAAAUUACAUUUUAACUAGAAUAAUACAACCAGAUUUAAAAUUGUUAGAUUAAUAACAAAAUUAAAAACAUGAAAAUUUAAAGGAUAUAAACCAGAAUAGCAACCAUUUCUAUCUUCCAAACCAUUUUGUUUAUGCUGAAUAUUUCAUAUUUCCUCCUCUCUGUAUGCUUACAAGCCUAAUAAAGUUUUAAUUGUUUUUAAGAAGCAAGCAAGGAGGGGGCCAUUUUGAUUUCCUUAGGGAGGGAGUUCCAGAGGUGGAGGGCGACUGCGAAGAAGGCCCUUUCUCUCGUUCCCACCUGCCGUACCUGAGAUUGGGCUGGGACUGAGAGCCGGGCCUCAUCUGCUGAACACAGUGCCCGGGCAGGCUUGUAUACUGAGAUGCGCUCAGCCAAAUAGUCUGGCCCAAACCAUUUAGGGCUUUAAAGGACAGAUGUCAUGCAACCCUUCCUUUGGUGGAAUUGGGAAAGGACAUCUGGUGAGAGAAGUGGAUGCCUUGGAUGGCCUUUGUGCUAGGAUCUGUGACCAGUCUGGAGUGCAUUACAAAGUGCUAAACAAGGGCAAGGGCCCAGCGGUCUGGGGUCUCCGGGCUCAGAUUGACCGGAAGCUCUACAAAGAGAAGAUGCAGAAAGAAAUUCUCCAAAUCCCACAUCUGACAGUCUGUGAGGCAUCUGUGGAAGAUCUUCUGCUUAAAGAGCCAGAGUUGGAUCACCCGGGGAAAUGUUGCGUCAGUGGAGUCAUUCUGGAAGAUGGAAGGAAAGUGCACGCCAGCAGUGUUGUUCUGACUACAGGGACAUUUCUGAGAGGAAUGAUCCUAAUUGGGCUCGAGACCUAUCCUGCUGGGCGGAUGGGAGACCGGCCCUCCAUUGGCCUUGCUCAGACUCUGGAGAGCCUUGGCUUUUCCCUUGGAAGGCUAAAGACCGGGACCCCACCGCGACUGGAGAAGGAGUCCAUUGAUUUCAGUGGCCUGGAGCAACAAACAGCCGACAGCUCUCCUGUGCCCUUCAGCUUCCUUAGUGAAGCGGUCUGGAUUAAGCCAGAAGAUCAACUGUCUUGUUAUAUGACUUACACCAACCCCAAAGUGGAUCAGAUCAUCCAUGAUAAUCUUCACCUGAACAGCCAUGUCAGAGAGACAACAAAAGGACCCCGGUACUGUCCCUCACUUGAGUCCAAAGUUUUGCGUUUCCCAAAUCGUGUUCAUCAGGUUUGGCUCGAGCCUGAAGGUCUGGAUUCCCAUGUCAUCUACCCUCAGGGAUUGUCCAUGACGUUGCCCUCUGAGAUCCAGGAGCAGCUCAUCACCCACAUUAAGGGUUUGGAAAAUGCUAAAAUCAUACAGCCAGGCUAUGGAGUCCAGUAUGAUUACCUGGAUCCGCGUCAGCUGAGUGCCUCCCUGGAGUCCCGUCUCAUUCAACGCCUCUUCUUUGCAGGGCAGAUAAAUGGCACCACUGGCUAUGAAGAAGCUGCAGCUCAGGGUAUUAUUGCUGGCAUCAAUGCUGGCCUACGGGUCAAAGGAAAGCCUCCCUUUGUAGUUAGCCGUACCGAGGGUUACAUUGGAGUUUUGAUCGACGACCUCACCACACUUGGUACCAAUGAGCCAUACCGGAUGUUCACAAGCCGCGUGGAGUUCCGGAUGUCCCUGCGCCCAGAUAAUGCAGACAGCAGGCUCACAUUCCGAGGUUAUAAUGAAGCUGGCUGUGUGUCCCAACACCGAUAUGAGCAAGCAGCUCAGAUGAAAGCAAUGAUAGAAGAAGGAAUUGAAGCCUUGAAAUCGAUUCAGUUGAGCAGCACAAAAUGGACUCAGCUUGUUCCAGAGGCCGCCAUAAGUACCCAGCGUUGUUCACCGAGCAGUGCUCUAGACCUUCUUCAAUACCAAGGGGUCAACAUGGAGGUCUUGGCAAGAGUUGUCCCAGACACCUUUAAGAAGUUUGCAGAAUGGAGACAACUGGCAGAUAGGCUGAAAAUUGAAGCUCUGUAUGAAUGGCAUGUUUCCAAUCAGAGGUUAGAAAUAGAAGAAGUGCGACGAGAUGAAGCUCUCAAACUGCCAGAGGAUCUGGAUUAUUUUGCCAUUAAUGCAUCGCUAUCCCAGGAAGUACGAGAGAAAUUGGAUUCGCAUCGUCCACAGACGAUUGGUGCUGUGAGCCGCAUCCCCGGAAUCACUCCAGCUGCUGUGCUUAACCUACUAAGAUUUGUGAAAACCAAUUGCAAAAGAACUGCCAGACCUUUUUCAGAUGCACAGCCAACGGGACAAAGAAAGCUCCAGGCUGCUGAUGGGAACAGGGCUUUUUGACAAAAAGCCAUUUAACACAUUUUUUUGUGUUUUUGGAACCUGUGGUUUCCACACAAUAUAUGUAUUUAUGUGUGUAAUUGCUAUCUAAUAAAUCUAGAAACAAA